CAUCAUUCCGAUUUUAUUUUGUUUUUUUUGGCCGGUGCAGUUUGUUAUGGGUUCCUGUGUUUAUGAAUCCCAGGCCGAGGAGACGGACCCCAACAAGCGCUGCCAUGAUCAUCCGUGUCCAGUCAGCAGAUGGCACUAAGAGAGUGGAGGUGAAACCCACAGACACCACCAAGACCUUAUAUGAGAAAGUCUAUGAAAUACACAACCUCUCCUCCUUUGACUUCACUCUCACCACCUCCCGAGACAUUAAGUCUGAGAUUGCCUCCUCCAGCCGUAAGACACUCAAGGGAUGCAAGCUGAACCAUGGUGACAUGCUUUUCCUGCACAAGCUUGACACUGAAGGAAAGAAUGGCAGCAGUAUUAAGAGUAAGGAGAAUGAGAUCUUUGGCCACCCAGUUGCUGGCAGCAGCAGCAGCAGCAACACCAGCAGCAGAAGCCUCCCCAGCACCAGCAAGAAUGCGAUGAAGAGCAGUCCAUCCACAUCCACAUCCUCAGGCACCUCCCAGCAGAUAGCCUCCAGAAUCAAGAGUAUGGUGGAGGAGGAUGAGGUGGACCGCAUCCUGGCCAAGGAAGAUGGCCGCAUCCCCAGGAAACAGAACCCCCAGUUGUGUCGGCAUGGGUCAACCAAUAAGUGUGUUCAUUGCAUUCCCCUCGACCCUUGGGAUGAGAAUUACCUGAAGGAGCAAAACAUCAAGCACCUUUCCUUCACCUCAUACCUACGGAAGCUAACAUCAGGUGUGGACAAGGGAAAGUUUGUCAGCUUAGAUGACAUCAACUGCAGAAUUAAGGCUGGAUGUAAAGACCAUCCGCCAUGGCCUAAGGGCAUCUGCUCCAAGUGCCAGCCAUCAGCCAUCACCCUCAACCGUCAGUCUUACCGUCACGUGGACAAUGUCAUGUUUGAAAACCCUAACCUGGUGGAGCGCUUCCUCAACUACUGGCGGGUGACAGGCCACCAACGCCUCGGGUUCCUGUAUGGCCGGUAUGAGCCACACCUGGACGUCCCACUGGGCAUCAAGGCAACAGUGGUGGCAGUGUAUGAGCCACCACAGGAGGGCACCAGAGACCAUGUCAAGCUGCUACCUGAUCCCAGAAAGGAUCUGGUGGAUGAGAUUGCAAAGGGGUUGGGACUGACCUGUGUGGGCUGGAUCUUCACUGAUCUAGUGCCACUCGAUGCCAACAAUGGCACAGUGCGGUAUCUGAGGCAUGCUGGCACCUACUUCCUCUCUGCCCACGAGGUGAUCACCGCUGCCCACCUCCAACACCUCCACCCAAACCCUUGCAGACUGUCCCCAGAGGGAAGGUUUGGCUCCAAGUUUGUCACAGUGAUAGUUACCGGUGACCAGAAUAACCAGGUGCACAUGGAGGGGUACCAGGUAAGCAACCAGUGCCAGUCUGUGGUGAGGGACAAGUGCCUCAUACCCACCAAGGAUGCCCCUGAGCUGGCCUACAUCAAGGAAUCCACUGCUGAACAGUACGUCCCCGAUGUGUACUUCAAGGAGAAGGACCAGUACAACAAUGAAGUUGUACGUUUAGGAAGACCUUUACCUGUAGAAUACCUGCUCUUAGAUUGCCCAGUCUCAACUCCUAAUGAGCCUCUCUAUACAUUUGCUGUGAAUGAAGCCAGUUUUCCUGUGGCAAACAGGAUGGUGGAGGGUCACCUGCAGGACUUCACUACGCUAGCAGCGUAUCUCAAGAAGUUCACUGAUGACCAGUUCUUGGAGGCCAUGUCAGACUUGCAUGUCCUUAUAUACAUUGCUGCGAUGGACAUGCUACCUCUCAGGGAGUACAUUGGACCAUUACUUGAAGCCGUCAAGACCCGCAACCGAGCCGCAGCACUGGAGUGGAAGCAGUCGGGCCACUGGGCAACAGUAGAGCAGUUGGUGAUGGCCUCGGGACCAGAGAGUCUGGCUGGUGCACGGGGGGCUGAUGUGGUAGGGGUGGGGUCCAGCACGCAGCCCUCGGCGGCGGCCACCUCCUGGACGUGCCAGCAUUGCACCUUUAUUAACCAGACAGCAACUGAGAGCUGUGAUAUGUGCCACCUUCCUAAGUGAAUUGGCCACAACUAUAACUAAUGUGACUUUCAGUGCUGAUGCUGAUAUUCAGUAUCUUGUGUGACCUAGACAAAUUCACUGCAAUUUGUUGAUGGGUAAAAAAAAGCUCAUGUUGUUCACUGAACAGCAGGAAUAUCUCAGAUAUAUAUAUAUAAUAUAUUAUACACAAUGAUUUGCUUGUAUCUUAUCAAGCACUGUAGUGCAUCCUCUGAUGAGGGUAUUCAGGUAUUUCAUAGGUAUGUUUCAUUUAUAACUGCUAAAGUCCUCAAAUAAACACUGCUGAGCCUAGGUAAAUUCUGGUGUAAGGGGACACUUCCGGAGGUUUUUAGUUUGGUUUCAGUGACAAAAUUCUAACAACUUAUGCAUUAUACUGACUGUGGCACUCAAUGAGAAAGUGAGGAAUGGAAGGGUCUGUAUGUAGCCCACCUGCCUGUAUGCCUUCAGAACAUUCUAUUUUAUGGCACACUCUGUAAUAUUUCUCUCAAGUAAAUGAGAAAAAAAAUCCUGAUGAAACAAUGGUUAAUUGAUUUUGUCAACAUCUUGAGAAUUGUAUUGAGGAUUAGGGAGCUCCCAUGCACCCUUACAGCAGAGAAAGUAUUCGACAUUGUGUGCCUUCUCUUUAUCUUGUUUAGAGUGAUAUUACUCAGAUUAUACUAAAUCAUUAUUUUUAAUAUGUAUCUAGUGAGAUUUAUACUGUGGCUUGAUAAUUUUUCACUACAAUUUUGACAUUGCAAAAAACCUUAGCAGGGUAACUACUAGAUGGAGUUUUUCUUACGGCCUGAAGGUGUGAGGUCUGACUGAUGCAGGGAGGGAGUGUGGUGUAGCUGCAUUAGAGGGAGAAAAGUGUUCCAAAUUCUUACUGGUAAAGAUACGUUCUAUGCCUUAUCAAAUAAUGUGUUGGUGAUUACUAGGUGCUUCAGACUUGGUAAAUAUGAUGUUUAAAUGUACAUAAAGGUAGCAACUUGUUAGCGCUGCCACAAGCAUGGCACACCUUCAGGCCGAGACGUGAAAACUAGAGGCACAAAGGUCACAGUAGAGGAAUAUUCAUAGAAUUUUGGAAAACAGUUGUAUCAGAGCUUGAGUGAGGCCUAAGCACAGCACACCUCAGGUCCCACAGAGCUUCCACAGGUUGGCUUGAGUUUUAUGAACAUGAGUAAAAUGCAACAUUUCAUCUGAUAGGUGUAACUUUGUGUUGUGCAGGAGUUGCAAGUUUUAUCUUUUUACAUUAGCAAGUGUAUGUGACCCUUGCUGUUUUAUAUUUUUCAGUUCUUAAAGGGUUACUUUUGAGCAUUACACACAAAGUAAUUGAGCAUUUUGCAGUGUGACAUUAGAGACCACUUCCAGUGUUAGCCUUACUUAUUGCCCCUUUUUGCACCUGUUAUUUCUAGUUUGUACAGGACCCACAGUGGUUGAGUAGAUUAUUAAUAAAAAAUCAAAGUGUUA